GAGUGUAAGUGGUCUGAAAUUACGUCCCAAUACAAGAUCUGUUUUUAACCAAAGUUCAAAGUCGUCCUCAUGUGCUUGCUGUACAUAUACUCCUGUAAAAGAACAUAAUAGAUUCCUCCUAUAUUAUUGUUGUUGGGUCCUUGAGACCAUUCAAAUUUUAGUUCCCAGAUAAAAGAUGCAAGAAGAUGAAAUUCUUACAGCUCCGCUCAUUGACCAACAGACUAAACUCACCUCUGCUUCCACCUCUGAAUCACCACCUUCCAUUGACAACUCUCCGAUCGAGCAAGUAGCCCUUACAGUUCCGGUAACUGAUGACACCACUCUCCCGGAACUCACUUUUCGGACAUGGAUACUCGGACUCAUAGCAUGUGUGCUGCUAUCAUUUCUCAACCAGUUCUUCUGGUAUCGGAGAGAGCCGCUCUCCAUAUCGGCUAUCUCGGCUCAGAUAGCUGUGGUGCCUCUCGGGCACUUGAUGGCCGCCACUUUAACUGAUCGAGUGUUCUUCAAAGGCGGGAGGUUUGAGUUCAGUUUGAAUCCGGGGCCGUUUAAUGUCAAGGAGCAUGUGCUGAUUACUAUUUUUGCCAGCUCUGGUGCGGGGAAUCCGUAUGCUAUUCAUAUUGUUAGUGCGGUGAAGGUGUUUUAUAAGAAGGAGCUGACGUUUUGGGUGUCGUUGAUUGUGAUUGUCACGACUCAAGUGUUGGGGUUUGGAUGGGCGGGGAUUUUUAGGAGGUACUUGGUGGAGCCGGCUGCUAUGUGGUGGCCGCAAAAUCUUGUACAAGUCUCGCUUUUCAGGGCACUACAUGAGAAAGAGAGGAGGGUAAAGGCUGGUUUAACUAGGAACCAGUUCUUCCUGGUUGCUUUCAUCUGUAGCUUUGCUUACUAUGUCUUUCCAGGAUAUCUUAUAUCAAUGCUUACCUCCAUAUCCUGGUUGUGUUGGGUCUUUCCCAAUUCAGUAAUCGCACAACAACUUGGUUCAGGACUUCAUGGUCUUGGAAUUGGUGCUGUUGGACUUGAUUGGUCGAGCAUUUCUUCUUAUAUUGGGAGUCCACUUGCCAGCCCAUGGUUUGCUACUGUGAAUAUUGCUAUUGGAUUUGUUAUGAUCACAUAUGUUCUUACCCCCUUCAUCUACUCAUUCAAUUUUUUCAAAGCUAAGAUAUUUCCCAUAUUCUCGGACGAUCUGUUCACUAUUACUGGCCAACAAUACAAUAUUUCUGGUAUUAUAGACUCAAACUUCCACAUUGACUUGGAGGCAUACGAGCAAGAGGGUCGUCUCUAUCUAAGCUCCUUCUUUGUUAUGACCUAUGCUGUAAGCUUUGCCUGCCUCACUGCCACUGUUGUCCAUGUUUUGCUCUUCCAUGGAAGAGAACUAUGGCAGCAGAGCAAGUCCGUUUUCCAAAAGAAACAUAUGGACGUGCACACAAGGCUUAUGAGAAAGUACAAGCAAGUUCCAGAAUGGUGGUUCACUUGCAUUCUCUUGACAAACAUUGCAGCAACCAUAUUUGUAUGUGAAUAUUACAAAGCCCAACUCCAGUUACCAUGGUGGGGUGUCUUGCUAGCAUGUGGCAUUGCCUUCUUUUUCACCCUACCUAUUGGGAUCAUCACUGCCACGACUAAUCAGACUCCAGGCCUGAAUGUGAUCACAGAGUAUAUCAUUGGUUACCUGUAUCCAGGUUACCCUGUGGCUAAUAUGUGCUUCAAAGUGUAUGGAUAUAUUAGUAUGAAACAAGGGCUCCUCUUUUUGCAAGACUUUAAACUUGGACAUUACAUGAAAAUACCACCUAGAUCGAUGUUUAUGGCACAGGUAGUUGGUUCUCUAUUAUCAGCAUUAGUGCAUUUAGGAACUGCGUGGUGGCUAAUGAGCACUGUGCCAAAUAUAUGUGACAGGGCCUUGCUUUCCCCAGCCAGCCCAUGGACGUGCCCAGGCGAUCAUGUGUUCUAUGAUGCCUCGGUUAUCUGGGGACUUAUCGGACCUCAAAGAAUUUUUGGGAAUCUCGGGUAUUACUCUGCUAUUAACUGGUUCUUUUUAGCAGGAGCAAUAGUUCCUCUUCUAGUUUGGCUUGCCCACAAGGCCUUCCCCAGUCAGCACUGGAUAAAACUUAUCUCAGCACCAGUAAUAUUAGGUGGUGUUAUAAAUAUGCCCCCGGCUACCGCUGUCAAUUACACGAGCUGGAUUAUCAUUGCUUUCCUUUCCGGUUUUAUUGCUUUCAGAUACUACCGGAACUGGUGGAGUCGCUACAACUAUGUACUAUCUGGCUCACUAGAUGCUGGACUAGCCUUUAUGGGAGUUCUGUUGUAUCUCUGUAUUGAUAUGGAACAUAUUAGCCUCAAUUGGUGGGGAAACAAACCAGAUGGAUGCCCUCUGGCUUCUUGCCCAACCGCCAAAGGGAUUAUUGUCGAAGGAUGCCCAGUUUUCUGAGUAAAGCCUCCACAUAUGUCUUUUAAAAGCACGCCAUUGUGUUUGUGUGUUUUUAAAGUUUGUAAAUAAUACAAAUUCUUUCAAAGUAUUAUGAUGUGCUAUAUUCAUUUUCAUAAGCAAACAGUAGUGUUGUAUUCAUAAACAGCUAUUGAAGAGUAUACCUUUAAUGAAAUGUGCUACCUUCCAGAUA